AUGUCGUCAUCACAUGUAAACAAGAAUCCUCCUGAUUUAAGUGUGCUAAAUGUAGGACAAUCUGAUACUACACCGUACAAUAUUGGACCGGCAACAUUAGAAGAUUUAUUGCCAAAAGAAAAAGAUUUAACAAUAUUUAUGGAUUCUUUACGUGGUUUUGCUGAUGUUGUUCGUAAUCUGGAAAAAAUUAGCGAUCCUAAUGAAUCUUUAACACUAUUUGCACCAAUCAAUCAUGUUUUCCUUAAUUUACAAGUGAAACCAAAUGCUGUCAGGGAAGAAGAUAAUGAUGAUGAAGCAGUAGCCCAAGAAAGAUUCCAUCAAUUUGUUUUGGGUCAUAUUGUACCAAAUUCAGUUUCAUUUGAAUCGGAGACUAGCGAUGGAGAAUUGAAUACAUUGUCUAAUUUAACCACGAUUCAUGUUCAAAAGGCUGAAGGAAAGGAAGGCGUUAAAUUAAAUGGCAAUGUAAAUAUUGUAGGGAAGAAAAUAGAAGCUGUUAAUGGGAUUCUCUAUAAAAUCGAUGGAAUACUGGUGAACAUAUGA